UCCUGGAAGAGAAAGUUUGAGAAACGAAAGUUAAACUGUUAACUCUGUCUUGUCUCUGCAGUGGAGCAGCAAUAACAGCCAUGGCUUCUGGAGACUCUAUGAAGAAGCUGUGCUUGGAAUUGGCCUGUCCCAUCUGCUUAGAGUAUUUCAAGGAGCCUGUGAUGAUCAUCUCCUGUGGGCACCAUUUCUGCCAAUCCUGCCUGGAUCAAUGCUGGGAGGGGAAAGAGGCCUCCUGCCCACAAUGCAGGGAGAAAGUGCAGGAAGGGGACAUCAGGCCAAAUAGGCAGCUGGCAAACCUGGUGGAAAUAGCCAAGGAACUGGGGAGCCAGAAGGCGGAAGAGAAGGGGAGGGUCUGCCAGAGGCACCAGGAGCCCUUGAAGCUCUUCUGCAAGAACCACGAAGCCCCCAUCUGUGUGGUGUGCGACAGGUCAAAGGAGCACAAAAACCACAAAGUGAUCCCUCUGGAUGAAGCAUCAAAGGAGUACAAGGAUCAGAUUGGGAAUUUGCUGGAGACUCUGAAGAAGGAGAGAGAGAAAAUUCUUGCCUGUAAAGCAGAUGCAGCACGGGAAAGCCAGGAUGUGCUUGGGAAAAUCCAGAGAGAGAAGGAUAAGGCUGUGGCUGCAUUCAGACUCAUGUACCAGUUUCUAGAAGAACAAGAGAAGAUUCUGCUGGCAAAAAUGGAAGAGGUGGAGAAGGAGAUUUCAGCCAAAGGGGAUGAACAUCUGGCCAGACUCUCCGAAGAACUCUCCUCUCUCUCGAAACUCAUCCAAGAGAUGGAGGAGAAACAUCAGCAGCCAGCAAGUGAACUCCUCCAGGAUAUCAAAAGCGUCUUACAGGGUUAUAAGGAAAAGGAGAAAUUUGAGAUCCCUGUGGCUUUUCCUCCUUCUCUGAAAUGGAAUAUCUUGGACAUCUGCGAUAUAAAUCCCUUUCUGGAGGGUAUCAUGAAGCCAUUCAAAGACUCUCUGGAAUCUGGACUUCAUCAGCAAAAAGCACAUGUGACUCUGGAUCCAGACACAGCCCAUCCUCUGCUCAUCCUCUCUGAAGAUCGCAGACGGGUGACGUGCGGAAAGAUGUGGCAAAAUCUUCCUGACAAUUCUGAGCGAUUCACUAAUUAUCUUUAUGUGCUGGGCCAGGAGGGAUUCAGGGGAGGCAGGCAUUUUUGGGAAGUCCUUGUGAAGGAUGGGAAAGCAUCGUCUGUGGGAGUUGCCAGAAAGUCUGUGCAGAGAAAGGGCUCCUUUCCCAAUGGCCCUGAUGCUGGGAUCUGGCGAGUAGGAAAGCGUAGGAGUGAAUACAAGUUCUACUCCAACAACAGUGUGUCCCCAACUCUGAAUCUGAGUGAGAAACCCAAGAGGGUCCGAGUGACACUGAACUGUGAAGGGGGUCGGGUGGCUUUUUACGAUGCAGACUCAGCAGCCCUGAUCUAUGAAUUCCCUACAGACUCUUUCUCAGGAGAGACCCUCCUCCCGUUCUUUUCUGUGUUCUCAGAAGGCCAACUGGAGCUCUCUUCCUAAGGAUGGAGAGCAAUGUCCAAAGACUCACACAAUCAGAGACACAAGAGGAGCUUUAUAUGCGUAGAUCUGGAGCUGUUAAUUCUCUUUCCUCUCCUUGAGAAAUCCCUCUGCUCUCUCUUUACAUAUUUGCCAAAAACCGACUGGGAGUCUGGAGUGUGAGUGAUGAAGGCUUUCCCCAUCACCCAUGGAUGGAUCAGGGACUUAUUCCUUCUGGAAAUAUCAGCAACAAUGACAACAGCAAAGCGGGAAUAAAAGACCCAAAUUCAUAUUUAGUCAAUAAUUUCAAGUACUGGAAUUUUAAUCCAUGAGACCUAACUCUGUGUGGGCUAGGCUACACUAUGUCUCUCUUCCUCCAGCCUCCUGGCCAUCUGUACUGAAGUCAAUAAAUAACGCAACAAAUAUGAAAGA